CCAAGUCGGCCAGUUGCGAUGAUAUUCGCUUAAACAUACAACGAGCGUGGUCCUGUCUUCGAAACACGCAUUAGGCCCGCCGUAGCUCUCGCGCCAAGCAAACGUCAACUUCCUUCCGCAGCGCGACACAAUUGCACCUCCUUACUUCACUGAAUACCGCCUUGUUCUCGUGGCAGGCAGUCGAAACUCGAGCACUGAACCGACGACACCUUAGGCGCAUCGCAUCACAUAUCAGGCAGAGCCACUCCCGUCGCCAUGGUGGUUGAUACGACGUACUACGACAUUCUCGGCGUCAAGCCGACAGCCACCGAGCUCGAAAUAAAAAAGGCUUACAGAAAGCUCGCCAUCAUCCACCAUCCCGACAAGAACCCAAAUGACCCCACCGCCCACGAAAAAUUCCAAGAGAUCGGCGAGGCCUACCAAGUGCUGUCCGAUGAGAACCUGCGCAAGGCCUACGACAAGUAUGGUAAGGAGUCGGCACGCCCUUCCGAAGGCUUCGUCGACCCGGCCGAGUUCUUCACGAGCAUCUUUGGUGGCGAAGCGUUCAAAGACUGGAUCGGCGAGAUCAGUCUUAUGAAAGACCUGACUGCUACCAUGGACAUCACUAUGGCCGGCGCCGAGGAGGAGGAAGAGGCUGUGGCUGCCGAAUCGUCCAAGGACGGGGAGUUUCCCGGUACGGAAGAGGCGCUGAAGGAGAGCAUGAAGACUGGUGACGGCGGCGCCGGCCCCGCUAGGUCAUCAACCGAAAAGAAACCCGUCCCUGCAGUGGUGGUUGAGGACGAGAAGGUUUCUGGUCAAGCAGCGCCCUCGCCCCCAUACACAAAGUCUCCCUCUCCCGGUCCCGGGUCCGGGGCAACAACGCCGCAGGCUGGUAGCCGCACCCAGAUCCCCCUCCGCCCGGCCCUCAUGGAUCGUCCAUCCGACGAAGCCUCGAAUUCGGAUUCCAUGUCGGCGCACGAGGGGAAGCGCAAAGACAAGAAACACAAAUCGGGCCUUACCAAGGAGCAAAGGGAGCAACUAGCAGCCUAUGAGAAGGAGCGUGCAAGGAUCCGUCAGGAACGGGUUGACACACUCGCGCAGAAACUGCUCGAGCGCAUCUCUGUCUGGACCGAGACAGACAAGGGCAAAGAUGUGACGUUAGCCUUCCAAGAGAAGACGCGGCUUGAGGUCGAGGAGCUCAAGAUGGAGUCUUUCGGUAUCGACAUUCUGCACGCCAUCGGCGCCAUCUACGUCAGCAAAGGGACCGCGCUGAUCCGCAGCCAAAAGUUCUUUGGCAUGGGUGGCUUUUUCAGCCGCAUGAAAGACAAGGGCACACUUGUCAAGGACACUUGGAACACCAUCAGCAGCGCUAUCGACGCGCAACAGACCAUGGAAGAAAUGGCGCGCCUCGAGCAGCAGGGCGGCGAGGACUGGACCGAUGAGAAGAAGUCCGAGUACGAGCGCCGCGUCACGGGCAAGAUCCUGACGGCAGCCUGGCGCGGGAGCAAGUUUGAAAUCCAGAGCGUGCUGCGCGACGUGUGCGAUUCCAUCCUCAAUGACAAGAAGGUACCCCUAUCCAAGAGGCUAGAGCGCGCCGAGGCCCUCAUCCUGGUCGGUCAGAUAUGCUCAAACGCCAAGCGAAGCCCCGAAGAAGAGGGUGAUUACAUGGCGUUCGAGCAGCUGGUCGCCGAGGCCGCCAUGAAGAAAGAGAAGGAGUCCAAAAAGAAGGGCAAAGACAAGAAGGAUGAAAAGAAGGAGAAGGGCGACAGACCAGGCAGCAAGGCCUGGGAAGAUGCCGCCGCCGCCGCCGCCAACGACGCGCCCAAUGUCCCCAAGGGGUCUUCAUAAGAGACGCGUGACAUGUAACGUUGUAUUAAGUACUGACGAGCAGCGCGUUCCUGACUCGGAAUCUUGGUAGGAACUUUGGUCUCGGUUUGGAUGAUUCAGAAGGCGCAGCCAGAUAGAUUGCGCUGUCUCAGCGGCCUCCUAUGCUUUGGUUUCCUACAUAUACCUCUCUUAAUAAGAGUUAGAGUCUCGUUCUUUUGAUUCUGUAGCCUGAUCCUGGGUCACGACAUUCGAGCGUGCCAGGUAAAUCUAAUCGCCAAUCUUGGUUCGCCAUUAG